AUGGUCCAGGAAAAAAAAUGGAGUAAAAGAAAUUCCGGUGGGCUCGGCCACCGUGGAGGAGGAGGACCACCGGCCCAGCCAAGCGCUAACGGCGGUGCUCCAGAGACGAAGGAGAAGCCACGAAAGGAGGGAGGUGGACGCAACCCUAGCCCUGGCAAGGGCGAGGUUGAAUUUGGCCACGGAGAUGGCCAAGGAGGCCGUCCAGCGAUGGAGGGCGGAGGUGGCAUUGGGGCGCGGAGCAAUGCUCAGGAGAGCGGCGCGCCGGAGAUGCCAACGAAGCAGGACCACCCGGCGGAUCCGGUGGGCCAAGGAGAAGUCACUGGACGCCAGAAUAAGGAGGAUGACGGGUCCACGGGAGUGGCCAAUCCGGAAGUGGCAGCCGGAGCCAUGGACGCGAGGUCCAUGGGUGUGGCCGGCCCCAAAGACAAGGCCAGCGUUGGAGCGGCAAACGUCGGGUCCGGAGAAGAGGCCGCCCUGGCCAAUCCUCAUACGGACGGAUUCGGCAGGAAAAGGAGUGGCGGUGCCGCAAGAAAGCUGGCCACCAGAGCUGCAGCGGAAAGUGGAGGAGGAGGCCAGGCGAAGACGGCAGUAAAUGGGCAGAUGGAGCGUGAUCUGGCUGGUGGGGGGAAUGUUUUCGGGUGCGCGGAGGCGCUAAUGGGAUAA